CCCGCGCUGUCCGCCGCGCACGGCCACCGGCUACCGCACCUCCCCCCCGUCUGCGGUCGGCGUCCUCCUCCCAGGGUCGCACCGCCUCGGCUGAGCGCCCCGCCGCCUCUGCUUGGAGGACCGCCCGCCAUGGCGCAUCCCGCGGGCCUGCGCGGGGCCGCCUCGGGCCGGCGCGGCGCGGCCGCCGUGCGCCGCGCCUCCUGGGCGCUGCUGCCAACAGCGGCGUGGGUCCUCGCGGCCGUGCCGCCCGCGAGCGCGGCGGACUUCCCGGUCCUCACGGAGAUGCUGGCUGGCCUCUGCGGCCCGGAGAAGUUCACCCUGAGCCCAGAGUACCCCUGCCAGCUCCGGAUCUUUGGCUUCACCGUGGCCUGGAGCGAGUGCUCCAGCGCCUACCUCACAGACAUGAAGGGCUUCCGCAGGUGCGUCGGCUCCUGCCUGCUCGGCGAGCAGGAGCGGUGCCUCCAGAUCUGCGGGCCGCGCACGAGCCUCACGAGCUCCUGCCACAGCGAGUGCUCGCGGCUGUCCCAGUGCGUGGAGCUGGCCAUCGGGCGCGGCACAGGCCCCACCUCCGCCGCGGGCUACUACCGGGACUGCUUCCGGGGCGAGCUCGAGCUGCUCCAGCGACCUUCCGAGGUGGCCGCUGCCCCGGGGCCGCCGGCGAAGGCGCCAGCCAGGCACCGCUCGGCGCUGCAGCAGGGGGCGGUGGCCCGCGGCGCACGGCAGCCGCCGCCCGACCUCGGCGCGCGGGACUCGUGCGGCUGCGAGCUCAUAUAG